AUCGACCAAGUGUAAAGUUUUCUUCGGCUACGCAGGGCGAGCUUGUUAGACUUGAAACAUUUUUCGGCGAAACAAACUAGUACACGAACUCGUGCACGUUUUCCAAUUAGUCGAUUAAUUCAGUUUCGCCGGGUAAUGCAAAAAAAAACCGUUACCAAUACAUCGGCAACGAGCUUCCCCCUCAAAAUGUGAUUAUUGACUUUAAUACUUCACAAAUGUAAUUUGUGUAAAUCAUUUAUUUCGAUAAAUUAUCGAUGCAAUUGCCGUAUAGAUAUUUGACUCGUUAGGUAAGAUACGAAUAAAAUUUUCAAUACAAGUUCGAACUAGUUUUGUAACGACAUUCGAGUGCAUUUCUGCGAGUGUCCAGUCGACGGUAGAGGGAGAGAAGAGAACCGAGGAGUUAUCACAAUAACACAUAUAAUGUUAUGUAGAACCAAAAAAAACCUACCAUAUAGUAACCUACAAAGUACCAAGAGUUGAGUUUCUCGAUGAAUUAAUGUUGACAAAUAAAUAUCCGUACAAGAAUAUCGACUGCUCGAGGUAUCUAACCUCAAAUAUUUUGUUAAUGAAUGUCCUACAAAGUUUCAGUUAUCACAGCUAAUGAUGGAGACUAGAAAGAAUAGGGUGAAAUUCGCACCAAACAAUAUGUGGCCAGAUGCAGGCAAAAAUUAUGUUUUUGAUUCAGUGGACUCCGGUAGAGCCAAAAACUUCAAAACGUUCCCGUUCUGUAAAUCAUCAGCAAAUCACAUGCGACAGGCCAUAGUGUUACUCGAAAAAUUAGAUGAAAGAUUAUUGAUACAUUACAAGAGCAAGUAUGUUAAACCCAGAUUGAAGUCUAUAUCCACAACCACCAGCAAAUCUGAACAUCGAAGAUAUCCAUCUACGAAGAAAACAGAUAACCAUAUUAAGACUAAUGAUUUGAUUGAUAAAGAGCUCAUUAUUUUGAUAAGGAAUCAAUUCAAUUAUGAUACAAAUUUUCAAUUUCAACUGAACCAGCAAUUAAAAAUUGCCCAAAAAAUAAACUCUAAAAGUUACAUAGAUAAAGUACAUAUUCAGAGUAAAACUUUCAAGUGUGAAAUUUGUCAAAAAUCAUUUAGACACGAUAAGGAUCUCAAAAGUCAUGUAAUGGCAGUACAUAUUUUUAGCAAUUUCUUUGAGUGUCAUUUAUGUCAAGAAUCGUUCAGACACAAAAAUAUUUUGCAAUAUCACAUAAGUGAAGUACAUAACCUUAGUCAACAUUUUAAAUGUGACAUUUGUCACAAAUCAUUUGGAUUCAGAGAUCUCAGAAAGCACAUAAUGGCAGUACAUAUUUUUAACGAGCCCCUCAAAUGUGAAAUUUGUAACAAAUUAUUUGAACAUCAGGAUGAUUUUAAAAUACAUAUAAUGACAGUACAUAUUUGUACCAAACCUUUUCUGUGCGACAUUUGUCACAUGUCAUUCGGAUACCAGGAGGAUCUCAAAAAGCACAUAACAGUACAUAUUUGAAUCAAACCCUCGAAUAAGAAUUGUCAAAAAUCAUUUGGACAAAAAUGUGAUCUCAAAAUUUACAUAAAUACAGUACAUAUUUUAACCUAAAAAUCUUUAGAAUGUAACGUUUGUCAAAAAUUAUUUGGACAAAAAUUUACCCUCAAAUCUCACAUAAAUGCAAUAUAUGGCUGAAACAAAUUCUAUGAAUAUGACAUAUACAUCAUUUGUAUACCAGAAUAAUUUCAAAAGGCGCAUAAUGAAGGUUCAUAAUCAAAGCAAAACUUAGAAUCAUAAGAUUGUCUGAAGACUUUGGGAUGCAAUGAAGACUUCACAAUCACAUAAGUGACUUGUUCUAAUGCGGAUAAAACCUGCAGAUGUUUUUUGAGCUAGGCAUCAUUAAUGACAGAUGAUGACGUACGCGAACGACGAUCGGGUCUCAAAACGGGCCCAUAACGACGACGAAGAUAGACAUCGAUGAAAUCGAGCGGAUCUCGCACGAUCGAAGAAAAUUGUCUAAUAUAAGGCGAGGCUUUUGUAAAUUGGCUGAAUAAAAAUAUCAAACAUUCAUCGUCUCGUUAGCGGAGUCAAUCGAAUAAAUCGUGCCGCUUCUGGUGCGACAACAAUUUAAAGAUUGCGAGCGACAAGCUGCCUUGUUGCACGUUACGCGAAGCUGAAAACCUCCCGCUAAGAUGACAUAGAAUGGGUUGGGCGGCGCUUGGGCGGCGUGUGGGUGGUGGCAGCCGCCUCUCACCUAUUCUUUCGCUGUCUGUCGCCUCCCACGCAAGCUCCUACCUAGUCACCGUAUUUUGCAUUCUCACCGUAGCCGUCACUUUAGCUAACUUCGUCAGUGCCGAGGACAUUUUCGAGGAGGGCAAGUCGGAUAAGGAAAUACUGGACAAUCUGCUGCUGGCGACCCGCUACGACAAGCGCCUGCUGCCGCCGGUCCAAGAUGCGGAUUUCUGCUGCGGCAUGCACUGGCCCGGAGACUCUGACUCAGAUUCGUCAAAUGAGGCGUCUCAUAAUCGCUCAGCUGGGCCUGUUUAUUUCGACGAUGCCUCGAUUGGCCUCCUCCAUAAGAACAAGAACCAGUACAAAUACCACUACACGCCGCACCAACACCUUCGCACUCACCUUCGCGGAACCCUGACAGUAAACGUUAGCGUGCUGCUACUGAGUUUGGCAUCACCAGACGAAUCUAGUUUGAAAUACGAGGUGGAAUUUUUGCUCCAGCAGCAGUGGUACGACCCGCGGCUGCGCUACAGCAACAGAUCGCGUUACGAAUUCCUGAACGCGAUCCACCAUCACAACGACAUCUGGCUGCCGGAUACGUACUUCAUCAUGCACGGCGACUUCAAGGAUCCUCUCAUACCCGUGCACUUUGCCUUGCGCAUCUACCGCAACGGCACCGUCAACUAUCUCAUGCGGCGGCAUCUCAUACUCUCCUGUCAAGGCCGACUAAAUAUUUUCCCAUUCGAUGACCCACUGUGUUCAUUCGCCAUAGAAAGCAUAUCGUACGAGCAGACGGCGAUCACGUACGUAUGGAAGAACGACGAGGACACGCUGCGCAAAAGCCCAAGUCUGACGACGCUCAAUGCAUACCUCAUUCAAAAUCAGACAAUCACGUGUCCGAUCAAAGCCAGUUGGAGGGCUAACGGACAGCUGAUCGUGGUCGACUACGAGGAUGAGUUUGAUGAUUUUGGAGACUCUAAAUGUUCGCUGUGCCAGCGCAGGUUUGAGGAGCAAGGUAAUUAUAGCUGCCUGAAAGUCGAUCUGAUAUUCACGAGAGACCGGGCCUUCUACUUCACGACAGUAUUCAUACCGGGCGUCAUCCUUGUGACCAGUUCCUUCAUCACGUUCUGGCUGGAAUGGAACGCGGUACCGGCUCGAGUCAUGAUCGGCGUAACGACAAUGCUGAAUUUUUUCACAACGUCGAACGGCUUCCGCUCGACGUUGCCAGUCGUCUCGAAUCUCACUGCGAUGAACGUCUGGGACGGGGUCUGCAUGUGCUUCAUCUACGCCAGCCUGCUGGAGUUCGUCUGCGUGAACUACGUCGGCAGAAAGCGACCGCUCCACAACGUGGUUUAUCGUCCCGGCGAGAAUCCCGUUACUCAGCUUCUCCUGACUGAAAAACGCCGCAGCUGCUUGCAAAUGCGAGGCUUACAUUGCGUUAAAAAGGGUGAUAAGAAGAGGGAAGGUGGCGCAACAUCUCAAGUGGGUCCAGGUAGUUCCGGCGGUACCAACGAAAUCGUAUCGUGCACCAAUUGCGGACCAAAUCCAUGCACGCACACGGCGAACAACGGAUGCAAUACCGAGCAAGUGCGCAAAAAAGAGCCACCCCACCCAAUAAGAGUGGCGAAGACGAUCGACGUCAUAGCGAGGAUUACGUUUCCAGCGGCGUACUUCGUAUUUCUCACCUUCUUUUUCAUACACUACAAAGGCGUUUCCUAGGGUCAAGCCUUUCAGGCCUACGACGAUCCUCCGUCACCGUCCUAAAUAU